GGUAUAUAAAGGAGAGAGCGACGAAGGGCGGACGGCUGGACAGCGCAGCCCCUGGGAGCUGAGUGAUUAAUGGAUAGUAUUAUUAUUUUAUAGCUUUUAAUUUAUUAAUGCUUAUAUUUCAGUAGUCAUUAGAGUUUUUUAUUUUGUUUUGUUUGUUUUUAAAUUUGUAUAUACAUAUAUACACUCAGCGUAGUAAUGGCGAGCUCGGCUAACUCGAACCCAGUGCCUAAAUUGUAUCGAUCAGUAAUUGAAGAUGUAAUCAAUGAUGUACGUGAGCUCUUCCUUGAUGAGGGUGUGGAUGAGCAAGUUCUUCUGGAACUGAGAACGUUAUGGGAGAACAAACUAAUGCAGUCCAAAGCAGUAGAUGGUUUUCAUACAGAAGAACAGCAGCUGCUGUUACAAGCACAGGCAGCUCAGCAGCAGCAACAGCAGCAGCAACAGCAGCAACAGGUACAACAUCAGUCACAACAACAGCAAGUUAUUAUUCCUCCAGCACAGCAAGCCCCACAGCAACAGGUUAUUGUACAGGAUCCGAAAAUAAUACAACACAUGAAUGCCACAGGAAUGAGUGCAGCUGCCACCGCAGCAACAUUGGCAUUACCGGCAGGUGUUGCUCCUUACCAGCAAUUAAUUACAAAUCAAGGGCAAAUAUUACAGGUGGUAAGAGCUCCAAAUGGAACCCAGUAUAUCCUCCAACCUCAGCAGCAGGUUGUUUUACAGCAGCAAGUUAUUCCUCAGAUGCAAGCAGGUGGAGUCCAGGCCCCUGUUAUACAACAGGUCCUAACACCACUUCCUGGCACCAUACCACAGCAAGCUGGAGUGAUUAUUCAGCCUCAACAAAUAGUCAUCGCAGGGAAUAAAAUUCCCCAAAAUGCACAGGUAAUGCAAACUACUGCUAUGACUGCUUCAACAACACAAACGGGACAGAAUGCUGUGCAGGUCCAGCAGCAGCAAGCACAACAGCAACAAACGCAGCAGCAGCCUCCCCCUAUGAUGUUACAAGUGGAUGGGACAGGAGACACCUCAUCUGAGGAAGAUGAGGAGGAAGAUGAGUAUGAUGAAGAGGAGGAAGAUGAUAAGGAUAAAGAUGGAGGGGAGGAUGGACAAGUGGAAGAGGAGCCUUUAAACAGUGAGGACGAUGUCAGCGAUGAAGAAGGGCAAGAACUGUUUGAUACUGAAAAUGUGGUAGUUUGUCAGUAUGAUAAGAUUCACAGAAGUAAGAACAAGUGGAAAUUCCACCUAAAAGAUGGCAUCAUGAACUUAAAUGGAAGAGAUUAUGUAUUUUUUAAAGCCAUUGGAGAUGCAGAAUGGUAAAACAAACUCUUGUAAGAUAAUGCCGAACACAUCAGAAAUGAACUACACAUACUUCAGCAAAUGUUUCCAACAGGAAAUAAUGUAAAGCUACUGAAAGUGAAAUACACAAGUGUUACUAACACUAUGUAAAUGAACAAGCAUCCCUCUUUAUACGGCUUCUGAUGUUGGAUGUUAGUUUAUAUAUUUAUAAAAAUAACCUUGUUCUUCUGGCAAAUACAACUGGACUUUAUACAUUGUUUAUAUUUUAAAAGUUUAAGUUCAGGCAAAAAUAUGGAAAGUUGGAUUUCAAGGAACUGUUUUUUUUUUUGUUUUUUUUUUGUUUACAACACAUUUCAAGCUGUGUUUGCAAUAACUGUUAGUUUCUGAGCAACUGAAGGUCAUUUUGUCUUUUAGCCCAACCCUUUAGCACCUUACACUGAAGCUGUCAAUGUGAAUUAAUUCAAAACUUUUUAAGCAAAUGGUUUUUGAUGUGUUAACUUAUAUUACGGAGGCGAAACAUUUCUUUUUAGACCAUAAAAAUUGUAGGCUCUUCACUUCUAAUGUAAAGGCUGGGGGUUUCAAGCCCUCCCUCAAUAUUGCAAACCUUGCAUUCCCAAGAUAAAUCAAAGCUGCAGUACUAUGUAAAUAUUGGCAGUUUUGGUGUGAGUUGACCAAUUUUGUACGUGAGGUUUUGUCAUUCAAACCACUUUUUAGGCUAUUUGGGUUUACUUUUUUCCUAGCCAAGCUGAUUUGCAAUCAUAGUGUUUGUUUUUUUUUUGUUGUUGUUGUUUUUUUUUUUUUAAGUUCAAGUUUAUUAUGCUUAUUGAAAUGAUUUCUUUUAAGAAUUUUUUUCUUAGAAUGCUUUUAUUUAUUUUAAGUCUCUUUGCACUCUUUAUUAAUAUAACAUGAGUUUAUGUUAGUCUAGUCUGCAGCAUAGUCAGUUUCCAGGGGUUGUCUUGUAAUCGUUUCUUCUGUGUGAAGAUCACUAAUAAGCCAAAGCAGCCCAUUAUAUAUGAAUAGUGGUCUUCCUAACAUCUUAAUUUGUUUCCUCUUCAUAGCUGUAUUCCUCACUGUUUUACAGCAUGGUGUAAUUGGUAUUUUGUUAUAAAAAUUAUCCCCUUUUGAGUAGAUACAUUGUGCUUGUGGGUAGCAGCAAAGAAAAUGCACCAACCUGUGCUCUUAAGAUGCAAGUGUUCCUUUUAUCCUUUACUGUUUAAAUAUUUUGAUUUUAAAUGCUUUUGUAUUAAACUUAAAUUUUAAUCAUGCCCUUAAUGUUAAGAGUUCUUUAGUGUUCAGGAAGUUAACUUGCUCUAUAAACAAUGCUGAGUGUCCUGGGAGCUUAUUAGACCCUAAAGUAGGAAAGAGGAAUGCUUCAAGACUGAUUUCUGUUUUAAGCAAAUAUUCAAACGUUUACCCUAUUCUUAUGACAUUAUUUUUACCUUUUAAUUCCUGUCUGGUUAGGUAGUAAACUAUUUUAAUUAGACAAUGAAUAAAUGACUAAAGACCAAUCAGGAAGUAUUUAGCGCUGAAAAUCAACAUGUUGUUCCAUUAGCUUCAAGAGCUAAUAGCUGAAAUAAUGUAGUGUGUACUUUGUAACCAGAUCUGUCUCUUUUCAUCCCAUGUACCCUUUCUCAAACAGUAAUUUGACUGUAUAAUUUCAUUGAGCUUGUUGUGCCUUUUUGUGUUUAAUUGAUAACUAAACUUUUUACAUUUUUUUUUUAUUUUUAGAAAUACAAAAAUGUGUGAUAUUGUUUUAUGAUCAUUGUGUAUGUCAGCUGAUUCUUAAAGUAUAGGUGCGACUUCUGUUUUCUACUGUUCAGCUGUUAGCGUUGAUUGCUGUUGUACAUAACUGUAAGAGGCAAAUCUAUUUAUUAUGUUUGUAUAAUUCAUACUAUACGGUUUUAAAAUCAAGGUUGUUCUUUGUAAUGUAUAAUCAGUUUAAAGGCCACGCUUUGAAUACAAUUAGAAAACUUAGUAUUUUGUUGUACUAAGACCUAUUUUGAGUUACCUAAAUAUUUUUUUGCUUUUGCUAAAAACUGAAUUAAAGUAUAAGAAAAAAAAUUACUUUGUCAAAGUCUUGGAACUGCAAAGGCUCCACGUGGGAUAAGAUUUCACCUCUGCAUAAAAAUUGUACCUAGUAAAUUGGCUAUGACUGUUUUAACCUAUUUUUGAUAUCCAGAGUUGAAUUUCCUGUAUUAAGUUACCAAAUUGUUUAAAAUGACAUUUUCCUUAGAGCAUCUACUAAUUUAUUUCUGAGCUAAAAAGAUCUGCUGAAGCUUGGCCCUUGGUAAGGUGUUAGCAAAAGGCUUUCCAAAGUUUCUGUUAAAAUGUAUUUUUUUAUUAUAUCAGUCUUUUAAUUUUGGGGAAUUUUAAAAGAUGUGCAUGUCAAAUCAUUUUGUGAAACCCUACUGAAAAUGUAUUGACAACCACCAAUGACAACUAAAUACACAUUGGGCUUUAUCUUGUGCA